CGACGAAAGUCUGAAAACUCUUUUCUCUCCACCUCUUUCUCUCUUACCCCAAACACAAAAUCUCCUCUUUAAUGGAUAUAUCGCCUCUCCGAUCUCAUUCUUCCUCGUUUUUAUCUGCCAAACUCUUAUUGCUCUUCUUCUUUUGUAGUUUUCGUGCUUCUUCGAUUUCUUCUUCUUCAGUUGUUUCCCAUCGUCGUAAUCCUUCUAGCUUUCGGUUUCUUUGAUAAUUCCCUUUGAAUUCGUUUUUCUUCUUCUUUCAAUUUCCGCAAAUAAUCAGCCGCCGAUAAGAUAAUCAUGGGGAGGAGUAAGAUUUCUCUUCUUCAAUUUUUAUUCUUUAAUUGAUUCAAUUUGCAACUGGAUUUGUUUGUUUUAGGGUUUUAAUUGAUUACUAAUUUACUAUGAAAUCUCUUAUAUAACCAAUUUCUGUUUUCGUUAACGCUUUUAUAAAUUUGGAUGCUUUGAUUAACUUUUGCUGGAAUUGUUUUUUUUUGUGCAGAAUCUCAGCGUAAGAACGCGACAAUGUUUGAUAGUGAUGAUGAUACAAGUAGUGUAAGCUCUUCCUCCACCAUGCCAUCUGAGAGAUUGUUGAAUCCUGGUAUGGAUGAAGUUACUGUUCUCAAGGAUGCUUUGUUAGAUCAAUCCCUUGAUGCUCUCUAUGAGAAAAGAGAGCAAGCUUUGGCCACCAUUGUUGACGCAUUUAACAGCGACUUGCAGUAUGAGUUUGUUGAAAAGAAGUUUGCCACUUUAUUGCACCAGUGUUUACACUGCACCAAGAAAGGGUCUACUAAGGAGACUUCAUUAGCAACUCAUGUCAUUGGGUUGCUAGCGUUAACUGUUGGACUCGGGGAUCAUGCACAAGAGGUUUUGGAAGAAUCUGUCACUCCUCUGUCUCAAGCCCUUAAAUCUGGUCGUGAAAUCUUGAAAAUAACUUCGAUACUUGAGUGUUUAGCAGUCAUAACCUUCGUUGGCGGGAAUGAUCCAGAGCAAACCGAGAAAUCUAUGCAGAUUAUCUGGCAAAUGAUCCACCCCAAACUAGGGUCUAAUGUUGUGGCAACUAAACCUUCACCUGCUGUAAUAAGUGCUGUUGUAUCUUCCUGGGCUUUUCUGCUCACAACAGUUGAUCGGUGGACUCUAGGUCCUAAAAUUUUUCAAGAGACUGUAACUUAUCUCUCUACAUUGUUGGAAAAGGAUGACCGAUCUGUACGUAUAGCUGCUGGUGAAGCGCUUGCAGUAAUAUAUGAGUUGGGAACUCUAGAGAAGUUCGCUGCCGAAGUCAAAGGGUCUGCUAAUGGAUCAGUGAAAGAAGGAGGUGUCUCUCAGGAAGCAUUGAUGCACAUGCAUGGCUUGAAAGCUAAAGUCACUAAACAAGUUAGAGAGCUCUCUGUAGAGGCAGGUGGUAAAGGUUCUGCUAAGAAAGAUCUCAACACCCAACGAAAUUUGUUCAAAGAUCUUGUUGAAUUUCUUGAGGAUGGAUAUGCUCCUGAAACCUCAACAAAAGUCGGAGGGGACUAUUUACAGACGUCAACGUGGUAUCAGAUGAUACAGUUGAAUUAUUUGAAGCAUUUCCUAGGGGGUGGCUUUAUUAAGCAUAUGCAGGAGAAUGAAUUCCUUCAUGAUGUAUUUAGUUUCACUCCAAAGAAGAUUGGUGGAGGAAAGUUGUCUAAUGACGAAAAGAGGUUGUUUAAAUCACCAAACUCAGCUCUUAACAAAGCAAGAACGCAGUUCCUGGCCAAGCAAAGGAUGUUAGCUAAGAAUAUGAACGUUGGGCAUUACGCAGCUACAGCAAUGGAGGAAGAAUGAUGGCUCUACAAUUGAUUUUUGAAGAAUGAUGGCACACUCAUCUGCUGCUUUUGGAAAAUGUUGUUGUUCCAUUAGUACACUUUUUCUUGUUUCAUGUUUUUGAUUUGAUAAUUGGUUCCAAUAUUAUAACCAACUCUUAGAAAUGUCUUUUCAUUUAUAACAAUUUUCGACCGUUGAGUGUAAUUCCUAUGAUUCAACACUUGUUGUUUCUGUUAAGAGUGCCAUUGACCAAUUGUAUUUUGAGCUGAGACUCGGAAUUGUCACUGAAAAUUUGUCAGUGUAUUGGUG